AUGCCAGUCAAGGCUCACAACGCUAUUAGCAAGGUCGAACGGUACUACGCACCACUGCGCUGCACUUAUAAUAUCAUAUUGUCAGAACUUGGUACAAGCGUCGACAAGGAGAUUAUACUUCAGAUGGCGGUUAAGACUGUCAACAACAUAGUAGAACCAGAUAGAUUAGUACUAACUAUACUAGUCUUUGGUACCUAUCCUUGUAUAACUUAUAACUUGCCACCAUUAGCAUUAAUAGCAAAGCGUGCCCAUACCAUGAGGAAGGCCAUAAUCGACUUAAGAAAUGCCGUGGCCACGCGUAAAGUUAAUAACGCUCUUAAUACCAGGAACGGCCCAGUCAUCACAGAAAUACUCAACCUGGUACUAGGAACUAAUAUGCAGGUCUGGCAAGAAGGUAAAGGAUGGACUGGCCUGCACAAAAUUAUCUCAGUUAACAAUUACAAUGUAAUUGUGGACCUACCCAGCAGUGUCACUGAUUUCCGUGCAACUUCAGUACAACGUUACCAGCGAGACGAGAUCGAGUCGCCUCCAACUCAGCGUCUACUAGGCACUGAUCUUCCUCCUCAAAAGGAGGAAGAAGUAUUUGCUCAGGGAUCCUCCUCAUGUGAUGCUGCUGCUGGUACGCUGCAAGAAAAAGUAGAAUUAGGAGAGCCUGCUGGCGCUGUAAAUCCGAAUCGCCACCUAAAGAUGAGAGGGAUUCAUGUUCCUGACGCAUUAGUGAUACUGCUAGUGCCACGCCGCUGA